AUGGGAACAUUUCCCCUGUUCAGCAGCACCGAUUACUCCACCAUUCGAUCGCUUUUUCUAUGCGAAGCUCCAGGCGCCUUUGUCAAUGCGACAAACCACUUUCUUCGGUCUAACUUUUGCAACAUCAACUUUGAGUGGAUCGCCACCACUUUGAAUCCCUAUUACGAGCAGAUUGACUUUGACGCCUUUGUUCUUGACGAUCAGUUUAUCAAUGAUUCGCACUGCUUUCGAAAUUGGUUUUUCGCCUCCCAAAAUACCGGCGACAUGCUCAAUGAGAGCUUCUCCAACGACCUUAGAGAUCAUGUCUGCAACACUUACAAGUCCAAUGACUGUAGCCUGUUUGACUGUGUCACCGGUGAUGGAGCUUUCAAUUGCCUAAGUGAUCCGGAAAAUCAAGAGGAGAUGGUGUUCAAGCUCAUCUUCAAAGAGAUCAUGGUGGCCACUCAAUUCCUAAAACAUAAAGGCUCAAUGGUUAUCAAAUUCUUUACUGCCUUUUCUUGUGAGACAAUUUCGCUGCUCUAUUUUGUUUGCAAUUGUUUCGAAGAAGUCACCUGCUACAAACCAGUUGCAAGCAGACACGGCAACUCUGAAAUGUACCUCGUUUGCCUCAAGUUCAAUCGCAAAGUCUACUUGUCUCUACACCCUCGUUUGAGUCACUUGAAGGCCGAAGAGUUUAUUCUGAGCCGCCAAGUUAUCGGCGAAGACUUUAUCAACCAAGCGAAGCACACUGACAUGAAGGUGCUGGUGGACAGACUGCGAGGCACUCUGCAGACCAUCUCACUGGGCGGCGAUGAGCGCUCCCGGAAGCACCACACCAGCAAGGGGAAGCUGCUGGUGCGCGAGCGCAUCAACCGCCUGCUCGACCCCGAGUCGCCCUUCCUCGAGCUCUCUCCCCUGGCCGCCUACGAGUGCUACAGUGACGUGGUGCCCGCAGGCGGUCUCAUCACCGGCGUCGGCCGCGUCCUCGGCCAGGAGUGCAUGGUCGUGGCGAACGACGCCACCGUGAAGGCGGGCACCUACUACCCGGCCGGCGUGAGGAAGCACCUCAGGGCGCAGGAGAUUGCCCUGGAGAACCGCCUGCCGUGCAUCUACCUGGUCGACUCGGGCGGCGCCAAUCUGCCCAACCAGGCGGAGGUCUUUCCCGAUGUGACGCACUUUGGGCGGAUCUUCUUCAACCAGGCGAACCUCUCGGCGGCGAACAUUCCCCAGAUUUCAGUGGUCAUGGGCAGCUGCACCGCAGGGGGUGCUUACGUGCCCGCAAUGUCGGACGAGAAUAUCAUUGUGAAGGAGCACGGCACCAUCUUCCUGGGCGGACCGCCUCUGGUUAAGGCCGCCACCGGUGAGGAGAUUUCCGCACAGGACCUCGGAGGAGCCGAUGUUCACUGCAGUCUUUCAGGUGUGAGCGACUACUACGCAGAGGAUGAGCCCUCUGCGCUGCAUCUAGCGCGAAAGAUUGUCUCCAAUUUGAAUCGCCGCAAGCACCUGCAGCUGAAUGUGUCUAGCACUGUGGAGGAGCCGCUCUACCAGGUGGAGGACCUGUACGGCAUUGUCGGCUCCAAUCUGAAGCAGUCCUUCAACAUCAAGGAGGUCAUUGCGCGCAUCGUUGACGGCAGUCAGUUUGAUGAGUUCAAACAGCGGUACGGAGAGACACUGGUCACUGGAUUCGCCCACCUCUACGGUUACCCGGUGGGAGUGGUCGCCAACAAUGGCAUCCUCUUCUCCGAGUCCGCACAGAAGGGGGCACACUUCAUUCAGCUGUGCGCCAAGAGGAAGAUUCCGCUGCUCUUUCUGCAGAACAUCACCGGCUUCAUGAUUGGCGGCGACGCGGAACGUGGGGGCAUUGCGAAGCACGGCGCCAAGAUGGUCACUGCGGUGGCCUGCGCCAAGGUGCCCAAGUUGACGGUCAUCGUGGGCGGCUCGUACGGCGCCGGCAACUACGGCAUGUGCGGCCGAGCGUACUCCCCUCGCUUCCUCUACAUGUGGCCGAAUGCGCGCAUCUCGGUGAUGGGCGGCGAACAGGCGGCCAACGUCCUGGUCACCAUUGCCAAGGACCGAAAGCGGCGCGAGGGCAAGGAGCUGAGUGCGGCAGAGGAGGAGGCCAUCAGGAGUCCCAUUCUGGAGAAGUUUGAACGCGAGGGAAGUCCCUACUACUCGAGUGCUCGCCUCUGGGAUGACGGCGUCAUUGAUCCGGUGGACACGAGGAAGGUGCUCGGCCUCAGUCUCAGCGCCACUCUCAAUGCUCCCAUUGAAGAGACGAACUUUGGCGUCUUUCGAAUGUAG